AUGCCUCCUCCGGCGAGUCAGAAUGCUUCUGAAAAUGAGGUGACUUCAAGCCCAGAGGCCAGUUCACGAGGGUUUGUUGCGGUCAAUCACGCGUCCAGUAAUGUAUAUGUCCGUAUUGACCAUGACCCAGAAAGCGAAGCCUCACUAGACAGCGGACAUUCGUCUCCACAAGACCAGCCUUUGAGGGAAGAGCCUACGCCCCGAAAUUCAGGCAGCACGUAUCCGCCCCCGCAUGGACAGGAACGUGCGGGCCAUAGACGGAAGCGGUCGGAGUCUGGCGACGAGGAUGACGACCGUUACCUUGAGCGGCGGCGGUAUGAGUACGGUCCUCGGGAGGGUCCUGAACCACAACACAUGGCCAACCGAGCACUGCGUGUCCUUGGGAAUGCCGAUCACAAUGGCACAGCUGCGUACUAUCAAAAUGACGCCAAUCAAAACGGCCAUACGUGGCAGGAGGAGAAGUCUGCACAGCCAGCCACUGCCAUCAAUGGCCAUCGGCCCAGCACCUCCGAAUCCCAGCGCGAAGGAAUUCUGGACCAAGAGGCAAAUGCAUCAGACGCACAGCCACCGCCUUGGGGACCGGACUAUCAACCCAGGCCGAACGGCCAGCUCAAUCACGACCAGUACGGUCAUCCCGAGUCAGCAGCGGGCACCCCAACGGUCGCGCCCAAAAGAAAGCGCAACUUCUCCAACAGGACGAAGACGGGGUGCAUGACAUGCCGCCAACGGAAGAAGAAGUGUGACGAAGCGCAGCCAUGGUGUAACAACUGCGUUCGGGGGGGAUUCAGCUGCAAAGGCUACAAUGUGAAUAGGCGUGCGGCUCCGACCAAGCCCACGCCCAUCAGAGGCCCCGUUCCGUUGCAGUCCAGGGAUGGUCCUGGUGACGUGUCUGACGCCUCGCCUUACCAGGGAACUCACAUGGAAAACCCCGGUCCAAACAACCCUCUCAAACGUCAGGACAGUGUUCAAUCGCGACCAAUUCCUGUUGGUGGUAGUGAAGGACAACGUCCGCCGCCGUAUGAGAUGAGCCCACAACGCCAUGAGCCACAAGGCCGACCACUUCGUCCCAGCCAGCACACACCCUGGCCGCCGGGGCAGGGUCAAAGUUCUUAUACCUCAGAGCAUCUCCCUCCACUGGCAGAUCUGAAUCGACCAGAACCACAUCCAGGUGCAAAUCCCCGAGAAAUGUCGCGAGUGCCACCACAAGGUAACGCAUAUCCUCCACCUCCUCCCCCGCCGCCUCCUUCCAACCAAGCUCCGCUAGGACCGCACCCGCAACAGCACUUUCCUUCUCAACAUGCGCCGCCUCCGCCUGUAGGUCCCAGCGGCGCUCAUCAACCAGCAGCGGGCCCCCCUCAGCAGCAACUGCAGUGGCACCAACCACCGCAACCUCAAACGCCGUCGUACUCGCAUGCAUAUGGUCCUCCACCGCCUGGCCCUCACCCGGCGCCUCCUAGUCACCCCACCAUGCCUACUCACACCAGAAUGGCAUCUUCGAGCUCAAAUUUCAAGAUCUCUGGCCAAGAAGACGUGGAGAAGUCCAAGAUGUUGAGGUCGGUCAACUAUAUUCACAUGGAUCCGACUCUGGUCUAUGAGCGUCAACGGUGUGAGCGAGCCCUCAAGCGCUAUGAAGCAGCUUGUGAGCUAGACAGCGGCCUGAGCGAGCAGGAAAUCCGCAAUCUUUUGGUGAAAGUGCUAGAUCCGAGUCAAGACACCACGCACAGGUUUCCCUCACAGAACCAUGGCAAAGGCUAUCUUGGUCUUGGGGUCAAGAUCGAGACCCCCUUCACUUGCACCUAUGGCUACAACCUCCGCAUUCACGACGAUGUCUACGUUGGCAAGGGUUGUAACUUUGACGACGCCGGGGUGAUCGAGAUUGGGCCUCGCACGAUCAUCGGGCCUGGCGUCACCAUCAUCACAAGCGAUCACAAUAAGGAUCUCAUCAAUCGCAAGGGCACCAAGGGUCUCUGGAUAGCAAACAAUGUGCUUAUCGCUGCUGGAGUCAUUAUCGGCGCCAAAGCCAUCAUCUAUCCGGGCGUCAAGAUUGAGGAAGGUGCCACGGUCGAACCAGGUGUGGUGGUUCGCGAGUCAUUGAGAACGAAUCAGAUACUUAAGGCGCCGAUGAAUCAAAUCAUGGAGGCGCUUCCACACCACUAG